UUCCUGCUCAGUGCAGACUCUGGCAUCACCGGGAGCCCUCUCUUUCUGAAGCAGCCAUGCCCACGGCAAAGAGUGCCAGGGGUCCCCAGGGAGCUGCUGACCUCAAACUGGACCUCAAGCCCCCUCCCAGAAGUGCCAAUAAACUGCAGAACAAGGACUCCGAUUUCUUGGAUGGAAGCCCUUCUGAGUCACCGGGCUCAGAGACGACCAAGGGCAUAACAGCAUUCCAGACCUUGGUUCACCUGGUGAAAGGUAACAUAGGCACAGGGAUCCUGGGACUACCCCUGGCUAUGAAGAAUGCAGGCAUCUUGCUGGGCCCACUCAGUUUGCUAGCCAUGGGCUUCAUCUCCUGCCACUGUAUGCACAUCCUGGUCAGGUGUGCCCAGCGCUUCUGCCACAGGCUGAACAAACCGUUUAUGGACUAUGGAGAUACAGUGAUGCAUGGACUAGAAGCCACCCCCAGCGCCUGGCUCCAGAACCACGCACACUGGGGAAGGCGUAUCGUGAGCUUCUUUCUUAUAGUCACCCAGAUGGGCUUCUGCUGCGUGUACAUUGUGUUUCUGGCUGAUAAUUUAAAACAGGUAGUGGAAGCAGUUAAUAGCACAACCAACCACUGCCAUUACAAUGAGACAGUGACGCUGACGCCCACCAUGGACUCUCGCCUCUACAUGCUCACCUUCCUGCCCUUCCUGGCGCUGCUGGUUCUCAUCCGGAACCUCAGGGUCCUGACCAUCUUCUCCCUGUUGGCCAAUGUCAGCAUGCUCGUCAGCUUGAUCAUCAUCACCCAGUACAUCAUCCAGGGAAUUCCAGACCCAGGCCAGCUGCCAUUGGCAGCAAAUUGGAAGACCUACUCACUCUUCUUUGGAACAGCGGUUUUUUCAUUUGAAAGCAUUGGUGUGGUUCUGCCCCUGGAAAACAAGAUGAAGGAUGCCCGCCGCUUCCCACUCAUCCUGUCUUUGGGAAUGUCCAUCAUCACUGCCCUGUAUGUCAGCAUCGGAACUCUGGGCUACUUGCGGUUCGGAAAUGACAUCAAGGCCAGCAUAACCCUUAACCUGCCCAACUGCUGGCUGUACCAGUCAGUCAAGAUCCUCUACAUCGUUGGCAUCCUGUGCACCUACGCCCUGCAGUUCUACGUCCCUGCAGAAAUCAUCAUUCCCUCUGCCAUCUCCCAGGUGUCGAAGCGCUGGGCACUGCCUCUGGACUUGUCCAUCCGCCUCGCCAUGGUCUGCCUGACGUGUGUCUUGGCCAUCCUCGUCCCCCGCCUGGACCUGGUCCUCUCCCUGGUAGGCUCCGUGAGCAGCAGUGCCCUGGCCCUCAUCAUCCCGCCCCUCCUGGAGAUCGCCACCUACUACUCAGAGGGCAUGAGCCCCCUCACCAUCAUCAAGGACGCCCUGAUCAGCAUCCUGGGCUUCUUGGGCUUUGUGAUGGGGACCUACCAGGCCCUGGAUGAGCUGAUCCAAUCCCGAGACUCUCUCACCUUUUCCAACUCCACCCUUUUUAUUCAGUAAAAAAAAAAAAAGCACUUCUUCUUAUGUACCGACACCUGACUUUUGAUGAUAGAAAUCUCUUUUAUAUACAUCAUCUAUAUUUUGCCAUUUUACCUCUCUCUGGGC